GAAAAAGUUGAGAGGAAAGAAAUCGGGAAUAGAUUGGACAUAAAGACGUGAGACAAAGAUAUUCGGCCCCUGGUUUUAGUUUUGGACUGGUGUGGAGAUGAAGUUUCUCCUCAGCACUCUGAGCGCUCUGCUUUGCUGCUUGUUGUCCUCCUCACACGCACUGGAUCCUGCUGGGAAGAAUGUCUGCCAUAGCAUCAGCGACCCCUCCACCCUUGUCUGUUGCAUGGGAUGGCGUCAAGAGGGAAAAGAGUGCUCUAUACCUGUGUGUGAGGGCGAGCAGGCCUGCCUAAAGGAUGAGGUCUGUGUGUAUCCUGGAGUGUGUCGCUGCCCACCUGGCUACUACGGAGCUCACUGCAAAACACGCUGUCCUCCUGAGUUCUGGGCUUCAGACUGUCGCCAAGUGUGUCGGUGCCACCCACACGGCCGGUGUCACCCUGUCACCGGUGAAUGCACCUGCAACCCCAACCGCUGGGGUCCACUGUGCCAGUAUGCCUGCAAGUGCGCCCGCCAUGGCCACUGUCACCCCGUCCACGGAAAUUGCACCUGCGAUGCAGGCUGGUGGUCACUAACCUGCUUUAAGCCAUGCCAAUGCUUCAGUGUGGGCUCUGUGGGCCCCAGCUGUGACCAGCUAACAGGCCGAUGUCAGUGUCAAAGAGGGCACUGGGGGUUGAGAUGUCCCGGCGCUUGCAACUGCCACAUGUCGGCAUGUAACCAGCGGACUGGUGUGUGUGAGUGCGAGGCAGGCUGGUGGGGCCCCGGUUGUGAACGCAAAUGUAACUGUGACCACAAACACAGCACCUGUGACCCGGCUAACGGGGAGUGCCUGUGCCACCCGGGAUACAAGGGUAUGUUCUGUAACCAGCCCUGUGAAUCUGGGAAGUAUGGCAGUGGGUGUAAAAUGAGUUGUGGUUACUGUAAAGACAACCAGCUUUGCUCUGCCACGGAUGGUGCCUGUGCCGCCUGUGAACCCGGCUGGAACGGUACACAGUGUGACCUCCCAUGCCCGUCUGGUUAUUACGGUGACAACUGCCAGGAGAAAUGUCCACACUGCAGGAACAAUGAACCCUGUGAACCAAAAACUGGGAAAUGUUUGAUGUGUGACCCUGGAUGGACUGGACCCAGAUGUGAGGAGGCCUGCUCUGACAGGACGUUCGGAGAUGCCUGCAGCUUCCUGUGUAGCCCUUGUUUCCAUGGUAACUGCCAUCAUGUGACAGGAAGAUGUGUCUGUCAGCCAGGCUUUCAGGGAGAGAGCUGUAAUAGCAGCUGCCCCGCCCUGCAGUUCGGCCUCAACUGUUCCUCUGUCUGUGACUGUGGUGAUGGGGUCGGCUGCCACCCAGUCACUGGAGUCUGCCCCAACAGUGGCAGAAGUGCUGUACUAGCAGGUGUGCUGGUCCCUUUGCUCCUGGUUCUGUUAGCUGUCCUCUGCUGCUGUUUGUGUUGUGGAGGAGCCCCUGUUGAUGGCAAAGACAGGGCGGCUGUGGCUGAUGGAGGUUUGGCCGUUCGGAUGAAAUAUCACGUCUACAGUGUCCUGGCAAACAUUAGCGCUGCCCUCCCCUGUAUCUCUAAUUGGUCCUCUGGUCUGCCUCGUGUCACUGUAUCUCACCAUGACCCAGAGCUGACCUUCAACCACAGCUUCAUCGAGCCUCCGUCCUCUGGCUGGGUGACUGAGGGGUCAUCCUUUGACAGUGAUGAGGAGGAGGGAGAAGCGCUCUACUGUGUCCCUCCAAGAGAAGACAUCCCAGCAGUGGCAGGCGGUGAGUUCCAGGAGAUGAGCUCAAAGUGUAACAUGUUCUUAGACCCAUCUGGCUUCAGCAGCGAGGACAUCACCUCACCCUUCAACAUACCUCGCACCUCCAGCAUCGCUAAGUCCAAGCGACCCUCUGUGUCUUUUGCAGAAGGCACCCGCUUCAGCCCCAAGGAGAGGCGUGGCUCUGCUCAGGACCCUGGCGCUGUCCCUCGCAACAAACCCAAAUCCAGCUGGGGGGUUUUGAUGCUCUCUGCUCUCCAAAGUCAGGGAAGUGUAGCUAGGCCUGGGGAUGAGGAUGCAGCUGAGGGUGAGGAGAGGGAAGAGGAAGUGGAUGUGCAGGCUACAGAUAACCAGGAGUCAGGCUGUGAGGCAGGGGGCCAGGAAGUAGACAGAAACUCAUCCAGAGCCACCUUGCAGGUCCCAGGGACAUCAGGAAGAAGACGGACUAUGUCCAACACAGCUGCACAUAAAGGGACCCAGAUAUCAACAUCAGGCUCUGAUGCUCAGGUGGGGGUCUCAAAUAAGGUGACCACAGUGUAUGUGACGGUGGGGAAGGCAGGUAGACCCGUAUCAGAGACCAGUUCUGAAGGCCCCGUUCAGGCCAUGCUGCGAAGACUCGGCAGCCUCCAGAGACAAAGAGAUCAGGACUCUGGCAAAUCCAAAUCCAAGGGAGGUGAAGGGAUUACCAAACCACCCAGGAGAAAGCUUGGAGCUCGGGCGACUGUAUGGGAGCAGGGAGGGCCAUCUGGAGGGGAGGUUGGCGUAUGUAAGCCCAUCAGGAGGAAGCAUGCUUCCCACAACUCCUCUGACACAGCAGGUGCUAAUGACACUCCACCAUCAGAGGGCGGCACUCCCAAACGGCCACUGUCGUCCAUUUUGAAGAGCGUGCCAGAGGUGGCUUCAGCUGACUCAGGGUCAGAGCUGAGGGCUGAGGGUAACUCGAGGCCAGACUCCAGCAAAGGACAAACUGAGAGCAACUACCUGACUGUGGGGCCAGCAGGAGAUGCUGCAAGUCUCACGGAGGUCAUUGCCAACGAAGGAGCAAUGGUCAGUGUGAGUGAUGAACCCUGCUAUGAAAAUGUCAUGAUUAACCACUCGUAACCUCUGACUAACCACAUCAUCAGCAGGUCUGAUCUUAAUACAGAUGCAUAUUUAUUUCUCUGAGGUUAUCACUGUUACAGACACAAACUCUCUUUGAUUUAAGAGACCGUGAAUUCUUAAGUUACGGUGUUAUUGUUAACAGUUAUGUAAAAGUACAACUUACAGACUGAUAUUUAUGUGUGACAUGUGUGAUCACAUAAUUACAUGGUCCUUUAGCCUGAACUCUAAGGAAUAUAGAUUACAUAAUAUCGGGUGUGGUAUUUGGCUAAUUUCUCCUAAGAACACCACUCAUUGCAUUCAUUACCUCCAGUUUCAUAUUAACAUGAGUAUUGGGACAAUUGAGUGAUAAUAAGUGUUUUUAUUUUAUACAGUGAUGCAUGCUAUGUUAAGUGUAUAUGUACAAUACAAGUACUGUAAUAACCGGGUCUUUGCCUGCUUCUUGAGUCAGUAGGAAUAAACAGACAAAAAGACUGGAGAGUGGAGAAAGUUUUUUAUGGAAAUUCAAGCACGUACUGUAUGAACCUCUGGGUUGUACCAGGAGGACAAGAACAAAUGACACAAAUAUUACAACUGUGAAGAACGCAUCUGUUCACAGUAUGAUGAACUGUGUUGUUAAUUCAGCACAAAUAUGUUUUAAACACGAGAAUAAGAUUUGCUGCUGUGAUGAUGUUUUAUUAUUCAUGCAUGAAAACACAACUAAGAACAGACUGUAACACACUGUGAAUAUGUGACUCGCUCUGAAUCAGUACACAGUGCAUCCUGUGGACAUCUCUUUUACGCCCCUAAAAUUGAAUUGGGUUGCCCUGUCAUUCCAUCAUAGUAUUAAAUUUUGCCGUGUUGUACCAAUCGGUAGAUGACAGAAAAAUGGAAUUGUAAAAAUAUUUUUGUGUCUACAACCUAAUGUUAAAGUGUCCUCGAAUAUGAAUCCUACUGCCACUGUACCCUGACCUCUGAAAUGACAGUCACAUGAUGCUGCCAUUUGGUAAAAACACAUAGCUGCAAUUUAGGACUUUUUCUUGCUUUUACUCAAAGAAAAAUCUGUGUAGUCAAGAUUGUAACCCUUUCUAUCAUGCUCUGAGUGUGUUAUAUUUUCACAUCACUGUAUAUAUGUGCACAAUUAAUAAUGAGAAAAUAAAGAAUUUGAAUUCUGUAGAUACAUGACUUAGAAAACAAAACGAUUUCCUGCCUUUGAAUGGAUGUAAUGUAACAAACUGCUCAAUUAUUAUGACACUGGAAACUAAGAAAUGACAAGCUGUGAAUGCAUAAAACAUAAAACCUUAUAACUGGUGCAAACAUUUAAAAAAAAAAA